GAGAAGAGGGGAAAAGUUUGAGGACAUGCGCGAGAUCCACAGCAGAAUAAUAAGCGUCCCCAUCAUUUGUGUGACUUUCUUUUCCAGGUGUUGUGUGUUUACAGGACAUGAUUGAAGAUGGAUGAGGAUGUGUUCGAGGUACCUGGGAGGACGGAAUACCGGUACCUGGUGCAGGGGGAGGAGGAUGAGGAGGAGGAGGAGGCGCAGUACGCCCGUCACAGACACUACAUCAGCCCCUUGCUGGUUUUGUCACGUCGCUGCAUGGUCUUAAUCCUUCUCUGCGUGCUCGCCCUCCUUCCCCUCGCCUCAUACCUGGCCUACUUGGCCAAGACGCUGCCGCCCAGUGUCACGCAGGUCACCACCUCCUGCGGGACGUUCAGGGGCCGACACAUAAAUGGCGGCUACUCCUUUAAGGGAAUGCCGUACGCUGCCCCCCCUGUGGGCCCUCUGCGUUGGGCCCCCCCAGCCCCCCCGUUGUGUCGUGGCGGGGUCUCGGACGCGGGUCGUUUCCGCAGCAUAUGUCCUCAGGUUCGUCCUCUGACGGCGGCAGGGAAGGUGCUGGGGCAGGAAGACUGCCUCUUCAUCAACGUUUGGACCCCCAGCCUGCAGCCCACCGCCCGCCUGUCCGUCAUGGUGUGGAUUCACGGGGGGUUCCUGCACAUGCUGAGUGGGGGGGAGCCGGGGUACUCCCCCACUGAGAAGUUGGCGGUGGACACGCAGAUAGUGUAUGUCAGCUUCAACUACAGACUCAACGCCUUCGGAUUCAUGGCUCUGAACAUGCUGAGGGAGGGGUCUCCAUCAAACACCUCAGGCAACUACGGCUUCAUGGACCAGAUCGCGGCUCUGAAGUGGGUCCAGAAAAACAUCCAAGUGUUCGGAGGAGAUCCUGAGAAAGUCACCAUAUUUGGACAGAGCUCAGGGGGGACGUCGGUGUGGACCAUGAUGAUGUCUCCGCUGGCGAAGGGUCUCUUCCGGGCGGCGGUGGAUAUGAGCGGCUCGUACGUUUACAAGGCGACGCUGGAACAAGCCGAGUCCGACAACCUGCUGUUCCUGCAGAAGACGGACUGCAGUGACCUGAGCUGCCUGAGACGCCUCCCUGUCACCGACGUCCUAAAGGCCAUCCCGUGGCAGGAGUUUCCAUCCUGGGCUGCAGACGAUUUGACGGACCUCCCUAUCAAAGGACACUUCGUGGGCCCCGUAGCGGUGGUGGAUGGAUACGUGCUUGAGGCUCCACCCUUCGAGGUGUGGGAGAAGAAAGGAAACUACAACGACGUCCCGUUUGUCAUCGGGACGACGGAGCAGGAAGCCGACUUCAGCCCACUGGCUGAAAACAUCUCGUUGUGGACCUGGGGCGACUACCGGUGGUUUGUGACAGAUAAACUCCAGUCCUUCAGUGAGACCCUCCCCACCAAGGCGUUGGAGUUGUACCCCAGCUCGACCCCUUGCCCGACCACAGACCGCUGCCCGGAGCGCAGCUACACCACCAUGGUGUCCGACAUCCGGGUCACCUGCCCCAACAGCGACCUGGCCCAAAGAGCUGCAGAGGCCCUGGACAGUCCGGUGUAUCGGUACCUUGUGACGCACACCCCCUCCGGCCCAGUGAACGUCUCCGGAGACCUGCUGCCGUUCCCCAGCCGCUUCUCCUUCCACUGCCUGGACACCGUCGCGUUCUUUGGAGGGCUGGAGGCGGCUCUGGGGAAACCUCUCUCUGAUGGAGACCGGAGCUUCCAGGAGCUCAUCACACGACACCUCGUCACCUUCGCCAAAACAGGUAAGAUGGCAGACGAGUGGCCAGAAUACCCAGCAGCCACUGCCCUCCUGUCCGACCAGCUGUCCACGGUGCAGAGCUACUCGUCGGCUCGCUGUCAGCUGUGGAAGGAGAACGGUCUGUUUGCGUACGCCUGGAUCAACUGACCAACCACUGACCGUCGUCACUGACUUCUCUUCACUAGACUUGAUUGAAAUCACUGCUUUGGAUCUCAUGCUAAACUGACUGUGAGCUUAAAAGCACAUCGCUGAUUUUGAUGGUGCAAAUCUGUGUUUAAGAUCUACGAAGCUUAUUUUGUUUACCUUUUCUGUAAAAUCUACAGAAGUGCAAAGACUUAACAGUGGUUAGUUCACAGUCAUGAGAAAAGCACGUCAUUUCACUUAACCUAGAGUAGAGUCAGUUUUUGGGAUAUGAAUUCAAAACAAUGAAAGAGUGUUAUUUCUAGAGAAAAAAACACACACACAUAUAUACAUAAUAUAUAUACAUUUUUUAAAAUCCUGCUUUGUACGCCUUUAACUUUCCAUUGGCCUCGUAACACUAGAGGUGGGAAAAUGUUUUUAUUUUCGAGUUGGAGUAAAGUGACUGUAACCGAAACUGGGAUAUACAGUGUAUUGUACAAUUAAUUAAAGGGAAAUCAGGAUGUGUAAGGGACAUGUAUAAAUUGUCUUUUGGUGUGUUAAUUCCUUGUGAAGUGGCGUGAAAGUGCUUGCGUUUUAAUUGUGAAUACACAACUAAAACUGUUGAACGUAAGAAAAUGUUCCUGCCAAGUACAGUUUCUAAAUUCAGGGAAAUGAUUGAAGUAAGAAGGGACUUUUUUCAUAUAUCUUUGUGUUGUUUCUGUGAACAUGUCAGUGAAAUGUCCUGCUGUUUGCACCAUUUCCUAACCUCUCUUUGCACUUUCCUUUGAACUUUUACAACAUACAUAUUUCAUUGCACUCACUAUUGAUUAAGAUUCCUAUGAAGCUGUUAAGUUGAUUACAUCAGAAAACAGGGAGUUUAAAUUCACAACUAACUAAAUCUGAAACACUAUAUUCUUUCUCUAACCACUAAUGAGCUCUUUAUAUUGCUUGUAAACAUAAAUUAGGAUUUUGUCAUCAUGCUUUUUUGUUUGUUAAUGCAUUGAAAAUGUUGUCACCUAGUAUAUGCUCAAUAAAAUGUACACUAAAAACAA